AUGAUCAAACCACCCGCUAUGGGCGUCUUCGCCCGCGACCCUCCAUCCAACGCUCGCGCAGGCGCACCAUCCUCGGCUGCACCCAAUGCCAAUGCCGUCACUUCAGCAGCAGCAGCUACUGGCGCAACUACCACCUUUGCUGCGGCCCCUCCUUCGCCUUCCGCAUUGCAACCACAACCAUUGCCCUUCGAGUCUCGCAUAGAUGCUCGCCUCCCCGAUUUCACGGCGCAAGCCUCCGACGGCACUGCCGAGGAUGCAGCCGAUGUAGAUGAUGAGGGUGCCGCACAGGACGACGAUGAUCAGGGCACCGUAGACGAAGAAGCCGGCAUCAUCCGCUGCAUCUGCGGCUGCGACGAUGACGACGGCUUCACCAUCCAAUGCGAUCGCUGUCUCGUCUGGCAGCACUGUGCUUGCUUUGGCAUGUCUCAGGCCUCCGUCCCCGACGAGUACCUCUGCGAGCAGUGCGAGCCCCGUCCCGUCGAUGUUGCCUUUGCCCAAGCACAUCAGCAGAAACGAAAGAACAACGAGGCUCGCAAGGCGCUCAUGGAUCGCAAUCUCAAACGUCAGGCUCAGGCCAUGGCUUCCAACAACUUCAACCAGGCCUACCUCGCGCCCGAACCAGCACCAUCACCCACCUCUUCCCAUCCACUUUCAUCGUCCACAGCUGCCUUUGCCACCGACGAUGCAUCGGCACCGCUUUCACCCACCAUCACUGCUGUAGCAUCAUCGUCAGCAUCAUCAUCGACAGCAGCAGUAGUAGCAGCAGCAGCGCGAUCUCGCAAGCCCAGCCAUGCACUCGAUCUCACAAACACCCAGUUCGUCGUUCCAGAAGUUCCCGCCAGCGCCGGUGCCUCCUCCCAACGAGGCGGCAAACAGCGCAAAGGUCAGAAGGGUUCGCGGCGCGGAUACGACACCCCUUCCGCCGUGUCCACCCCCGUCAGGGGCGUCUUCACCCCAGGAAGCGUACACGAACGCGCAGACGACCCUUUCGACGCCGCAGAGCAGCUCGAAGCUUGGCAUGUCGAGUUCACCCCCAUCGCCAAAAACGUCGUCGCAGAUCCCAACAUCAUCCCCGACCUCGCCGCCGCAAUGCUCGACUGGGAAGACGGCAGCCCUCUCAAGGCCGUCCCAGGCCCCGCCGGUCGCGUCCUCGUGCCCAGCCUCGGCUCGUCGUCCAUCGCAUCCAGCAGCCGCCAUCUCGCCUCCGCCAAGCCGUCGCGUGUCGACCUGCAUGCAUCCUCCUCCUCAGCCUCAUCCCCAUCACCCGCAUCGCCUCACGCGCCAGCAUCGCCCGCCGAAUUCGAAUCGUCCCCACUGGGCAUCUCGGCCGUCGGUGAUGAAUGCAUCCCCAUCGAAUUGACAGGUCCGUCCCUCGCCGGCCUUGCUUGCCGCACCUAUGUCAAGCAGAUCUCCGAGUCUGCAUCAGCGGGUGUCUUCACCAACCUCCUCUAUGCCACCAACUCGGCCGACGAGCCGCAACGCGCAUGGUGCGCAUCUCGCGCCUUCUCGCGGCCUGUCAUGCAUGGUCUUUUCGCAGAGGCAUCCAUCCCCGCAGGCGCCUUCAUCUCGGAGCUGCGCGGAGAGCUCUACAGCGCCACCGCAUACCGCAACGACCCCAUCAACCAGUAUGCAGCCCUGGGCGCCACCAAACCGCACGUCCAUCUGCUCCCGCCACCGCUCAACCUCGCCAUCGACGCCCGCAGAUUCGGCAGCGAGGCUCGCUUCGCACGCUUCAGCUGCCAUCCCAACGCCGUGCUCAGACCCAUCCUCUUCCGACCCAACGGUCAGCCCUCGGCUCGCUCACGCACCAGCUCACGCGCUCAAUCGCCAUCACCCGCAGCUCUGCUUGCACGUCAACACCGAUACGCCGACACGCCGCCCGCAGAGAGCCGUUCCGACGAGCCCCAGCUGCUCUUCGGCCUCUUUGCGCUCACAGACAUCCCGCGCACCCACGAGAUCACGCUCGGCUGGGAAUGGGACGACGCGCACAUUGUUCAUUUCUUGCCCGAACUCGUGCAGAAUCCCUACCUCGAAUCACGCCAAGACGACGUCGACCCCAGUCAGCAUACCGCCAACAUGGUCGCGCUGGCCGAAAAGGGCGAGUUCCCGUACGCCGACACCGAGUUCUCCGUAAAGAUGAGCACCGUGUCCGCCGCACUCCUCGGCUGCGUCCUCUGCGCUUGCAUCGGAUCCGCGGCUCCACCCGGCGGCGGAGGUGGUGCCAGCUCCAACAAUGGCCGCAAGCAGGACUGUGCCGUCGCACAGAUGCUGCGUGUCGGCAACGGCAUGUCGCUUCUCAACGUCACCAUGCCCGGAAAGACGAAUCGCAGCAGAGCCAGGCUGCCCGACUUUUCGCCGCUCGUCGGCGCCCGCAGAUUCUGGCGACCUUACAGCCUUCCGCCAACACCCGAGGUUUCACUCAAGGACGAGGACUCGCCCGCCGAAGCAGCGCUGCUCGGCGCCCACUCGUCAGACGCAGAGGCAGACAUGGCCCGCCCCAUUGACCAGGAAGGCGAGGCGGGCUGCGGCGGCAUCGAGUCCGGCGAGGCAGGCAGCAAGGCUCGGCGCAAGUCACGAGCAAAGCAUGCGGACGAUGCCAUGGAUCUUGAUGACGACGAUCGAUCAGCAGCGUCGGACGUCGACGAUACCGACGACGCGCGAUCCGUCGCCUCGUCGCUCACAGAUCCCCUGUCCGGCCUCAGCGACCAAGAAACGCUCAGCGAAGGCGACGAUGAAGAGCUCAUGGAUGCUUUGCGGCAAGUCGACGGCGUCCGAGCCAAGUCGAGGACCAAGAAAGGUGGCAUGCGCAAGGACGCGGCUGACGCGGAUGCGGAGCUCUCGGGUUUGUUCCUGCUCCCUCCCAAGAAACGCUCCAUGCGCACCCGCAUCAAGGCAUCCAUGGCGCCGUCCGACGAAGAGGAUGCCGGCGAUGAGCACGACGACGACCAAGAGCAAGAGGCCAAAACGAAGUCGCGCAAAAGCGACGUCGCGGACAAGUCCAAGAGCGCUGCCAAGCGCAAAGGCGCCAACCGCCACGCAGUCGACUUUUCUUCCGACGAGGAUCGUGACUCUGACGGCUAUUCCGCCACAACGCCGGUCAAAAAGCGUAGAAAGUCCGGCAACGUCGCCGAUCCAAGCUCGCCGCUGUCGUCUGUGCCCUCGCCAGGCUCCAUCGACUCCAGCCUCAGCACACCUCCGCCAGUGCCGCGUCUGUCUGCAAAGCACAGGCUCGAGAAUGAGCGACGCCUUUCCGAUAGAGAGCUUCUCAAGAAGAAGCGCAGCACCAAGCAGGCCAAGGACCGCAAAGCCAAAAGCUCUGACUCACGGCCCAAGGAAUCGGCUUCCAGGCGUCGAAAGAGGGAGGAAGCACGUAUCCACCGUAACGCUAUUCUCGACCUCGGCGACACCGAGUCGAGCGAGGAAGACCUCACCGAUCGCGAUGACGCUGAGAGCAGCAACAAGGCCACGGCUCGAGAUGACGCAUCGGAACGUGGCAGCGCUGCCUCGACGCCCAGAGCAUCCAAGGUCGCCUUGCCAGCAGAGAGCGCCCAGUCCCCGCGCGAGGCCAAGGGUAAGAAGGCCGCCUCCGUCGAGAGUCCCAAGUCCGCCGCAAAAGAUACCCCUAGCAAGACAAAGAAGGUGCGGCGGAUCCUGUCGGACUCGGAGCAGAGCAGCGACGACGAGGGCAAGGCAGCCGCCUCCUCUCCAUCAGUGCACGCCAAGGCUUUGCCGCAGGUCAAGGACGAAGAGGCCGCAGCCCAGCCUACCGCAACCGCCCAGGCUGUCGCCGAUGCGCCCAUGCCAGAUGCAGAUGCCGCAGCCCCUCUGGAAUCGCUAGGGACUGCCACCAAAGAGGAGGGCAGCGAAGCUAAGGACGCCCAGCCUGGCGCGGCUACUGCCGCCUCGGAAGUUGCUCCCGCACCCGCUGCCGCGCCUGCUCCCGUGCCCGAGGUCAAGAAGGAGGAGCCGAGGGUCAAGCUGUCCCUCGCAGAGUACAAGCGUCGGCUUGCGGAACGCCGCGUGUCGGAACAGCAGCCCGCGAGCGCCAGCUCCGCAUCCACGGCAGCGGCUCCCGUUCCGGUCAUCGCUACGCCCACGUCGGAGGUGGCACCUUCACCAUCGCCGGCUGUCGAGAAGGUCGAUCCUGUGCGAGCCCUUCCCUCGGUGAGCUCCGAGCCACCUACAUCGGAGGCGGUGAGCGCGCCAGCUCAGCCCACUACUGCGCCAGUCGAACCGCGCAGCCCGGAAAAGUCUGCCUCGGCACUACCGCGUGGCGUCCUCUUCACCUCGAUUGCAGCCCCGACGGCCAUCCGCUCGGUCGAGAUCCCCAAGUCGCCGUCUCCAGAGCCGCCAAGCCUGGCAUCUGCGCAGCAGCCGAGCCAGGUCGGUGCGGUUGCAGGCGGCGCAGCAGCUUCGUCUGAGGCUAGCGCGACGACCUCGGCUGAAGUGUCGGCAGCCGCAGGCGCCGGUGUCGACGCAACGCGAGCACGCGCUCCAUCUGUGACGCAGCAGCCUGUCGGUCAGAACACCGAUACUGCCGGAGCCAAUCUGGCAGCCUCUGAAGGUUCCGUCAAGCCGCAGACUCCCGGCGCCGUUGCCACCGCGCCUGGCGCAGCGAGCAGCAGCACAGGCGCAGCAACUGUGGCGCCUUCUGCCGCUGCUCCGACUCCGUCGCCGACGUUAGGACCCACGCGCUACCCAGGCAGCCGCGUGCCGUCAUCACCGUCCGGUCCGUCGACGUUCAACCCGCCCAAGGCACCGCGCGCGUUCAUGAGCCCGCCUGGAGUAUCUGCUCCAGCGCCGCUCACCUCGGCAUCGGCUGCGCCACCCUCUACAAGUGCUGCUGUGGCGAGUGCUUCGACCACCACGAGCGCUUCCGCCGGUGUCGCUUCAACUCCGGCACGAUCUGUGGCCGGAGUAGGCAAUACGCCGUCGACGGCGAGCUCGUCGAGCACCGCCUCUUCGCGCUAUCCGGCUGCGGGGCUGACGUCUCCGACGCCCAACACCACCGCGCUGCCUGGCUACGCACCACGCGCGUUUGCUGGCGUGCCCAAGGGCCCAGCGAGCAUGCGGGACCCCGAUCCGCGCGCGGACGCGUGGGCCGAGGCGAGAGAGGCACGCGAGGCACGCGAGUAUCCGGGUGCGCGCCAUCUGGACACGAUGCGCGACGGCGGACGCGAUAUGGGCUGGGGCGAGCGCCCGCGCGAGCCCGUGGGCGACCGCGACGGACCACGGGGCGGAUGGGGUCGCGAGCGCCGGGACAUGAUGCACCGGGGCGAGCCGAUGGGCCGCGAGCCGUACGCUCGUGAUGGUCGCUUCUUUGGACGGGACGAGCGCGAUGGCGCGGGUGCGGCGGCUGUGCCACCGGCUGGAAGUGGCGGUGCGGGCGGUGCUGCUGCCAGUGCAGGCAGCGGCGCGUUGGGCAGUCGGAUUGACCAUGCCCAUGCGCAUGCUCCCUACGCACCGUAUCGCCGACCGUCGGCGAGCGAGUACGAUGAGCUGCAUGCAGGCGUGGGCGCUACGGGGUACGAUCCGUACAACCGCGGCAUUGUGGUGCGCGGCCGCAGUCUGGGGCUUGGCGGCCCCGGUGCGAGUGCGGGCCCCAGCGGUCCACCCGGUGCUAGUGGCGCAGGCGCUCGCGAGGGCCGAGGCGAAUACCGCGACUACGACGACAUGGGCCCUGGGGGAGGCGGCCAGCAGGGUCCGCCCAUGGGCGCUGCAGCACGAGGCAUGCCCGGAUUCAGGUCCGGCUGGGGCGGCCGAUCGAGGCCGCGAGGCGCACCUGGUGGAGGAGGAGGCAGAGGCAGAGGUUGGAUGCGAUGA